AUCAACUCAUCUUGACGACACGCUGGGGUUCAUAUUGGAUACAACCGGCUCAUUGCAAUUGCAUCUGCGGGUUCUCUUUGAGAAAAGACCUUACGUUUCAAGGAAAAACCACUUUGGCGCCCCUUCAAUUAAACUUUGCUGAUUUGAUAUUAAUAAGGUUAUAACACUAGUGAAAGAAAUAAGUACUUUAGUCCCUUACAUAAGGGUAUCGACUAAUUCUCAAAUAACAUCUUAAAACAAUACUAUGAAGAAACGACCUGAUGGAGUAAAUUCAAGCUCAAAACUUGACCCCCCAAUCGAAAUUGGACAUUCAAAUCAUCACCAUAUUGAUACCGGAAUAGAUCAGCCAUUCCCGCCUCCUCCAACCCUCCAUAACUCAAAGAAUUCGAAAAAGGCAAACGUUUUUUCAAAAUCUUUUAAAAAAUUCUCAAAAGGCUCUUCAAUCUUCACCCAUCAAUCUUCCAGCACCGAAUUUCUUCCCUCCAUAAAUCAAAAUAUAGAUGAAGAGUCUUCCACCACUAGUAGACUGUCUCCAAAAACUUCCACUUAUUCCGGGUCUCAAAAUGACUUCCAAGCAAUUGGAUACGACGCUACCUCGGAUUCAAAAGAACCAAUCCAUGUCAUGUAUUUACCCGAUCGCUCUGCUUCUCAACAAAGCGUUCCUCAAUUAUUAUCUCCUCGUCAAGUAUCCAUCGGAUCCCAAUCCUCAGAGCAAAGAGAACGCUCUCAAUCCCAAUCCCAAUCUCUGUAUCAUUCUCAUCAUCAAUUGCAUAAUUUUUCAAAUCAUGAUUUCUCAGAACCUCAAAUCCCUAAUAAUGAUGAUAAUAAUGGUUACGCUAAUAGCGUCACUAGUAGUGGCCACAGUAUUAACUCCUUGGAUCCUAAAGCAAAAUAUCAAAAUGACUCCUUAAAUCAAAACACUCCUGGUUUAGCAGAAAUCGGUUUGGGCUUGGCUGGGUUUGGUCUAUCUAAUGAUGAUAUCGCUCCUCCUCCCCCUUUAAAAGAUCAUCAGACUCCUAAAGAUAAACCUUCCUCGGGUACUCCUUUACAUACCAUUUAUCAAAAUGAACCCACCCUGAUUAAAUCUCCUCCUUCCCUUUCAGCACCUCCUGCCUCCACUUCGGUAAAUCAAUACUCAGAACAAAAUCCUCCUCCAGUUCCUCCUCAUUCCCCGUCCCUUGUUCCUCCUCCUAAUAUCCUGAAAGGUUUCUCAUUAUCUCCAAAGAAGGCUCGUUCCAAAUCUUCUUCUUCUAAACGGAACGUUUCGCCAGUGCAAUUCACUACUACUGUUUCUCCAAAACAAACAACUCAUUCAUCUUCAGCAAAUUCCUUGGUAUCAUAUAGUGCUGUGGCUUCUCAAUUGAACCAAAUGCCAAAACCUCAUAUAGUCGAUGAAUUAUUCGCAAAUUUACUUUCUACUAGAAUAUUUCCUGAUCAAUCUUUUAAAAAUAUUACCACAAAACGUAAAUGGGAACUAUUAUUAAGUGAAAAUGAAAAUAAUUCAGAUUUUGAUUUACCAAAAUUUAAUAAUGAUUCCUAUUAUUUUGGAUCCCCAAAUAAUAUUCAUAGUCCCAAUGGUCUGGGGGUUCCUAAAGUUACUGAAAGUUUAAAUGAAUUACUUGAUGAUGGGCACGGACUGUCCAUGAAAUCAAGCUCUUCUUAUUCUUCUACAAUAACUUCACCAACUAAGCUGAAACAAUUUUCUUCAAUCAAAAAUCUCUCUCGAAGAGUAGGACAAUCAAAUGAUAAUUCAAGUUCGUCAACACUAAUUACUAAUAACAGUCAAUCUUCGACUAAUAAUAACUCAAUUAAAAAAAAUAGCUUUGAAGAUCAAAAUUCAAUUCGCAACAAAAAGAAAUCUUCUGAAUCAGGACCCUUAGAUAAUGAAUCUAAUCAUGGAUCAGGUUCUCAAAAUAUAUCUUCGCUCUACAAAAAACUGAAAUUAAAAGAAGGUUCUCCUGAAUGGUAUGUUUCUCGUAUUAUGUCCAAUAAAUUGACUUUAAAAGAAUAUAAAAAAUUAGAAAAAAGAUUAUCAGAAAGUAAGUACGCUCUUUGGGCUACUAAAUUUAAUCAAUCUCAAGGUGAAACAGCAUUAUCUGUUAUCUUGAGUAGAAUUAAUAAGAAGAGUAUCAAAUCUAAUGAAGAAUUUGAUAAAGAACAUGUAAUUGUCAAAUGUUUGAAAAAUAUUUUGAAUUUAGAAAGAUUUGACGAAAUUGAAGAAGAUGCUAAAGCUUCUAAAGACUCACGAUUUAGCUCCUCGAUUGGUGUUAAGCAUCGUGAUCAAGUGAUUAAAUCAAUCAUCUUCUCUUUGAUAUCUCCAAAAUUAUCAACAAGAAUUCUCGUUACCGAAGUCCUUAUUUUCUUAUCGUAUUACAGAGGGGCUAAUUUCUUACCUCAGAUUUUAGAUAGUAUGGUGGCUGUUCAAGAUUUCACUAGAGACUUUGUUCGAUUUCAACCAUGGUUAGGUGCUUUCGAAUCGUUUCUUGAUCAAUACUUCACCAAUGAUGUCCGAGCAGGAGAUUCUAAUUUCAAAAAUUAUUCAUUGACCACUCUUUUGUUGAUUAAUUCAAUCAUGGAAGGAACUUCUCAAAUAAAAAAGCGUAUUUCUUUGAGAAGAGAGUUUAAUGAUUCGAGAUUGUUGAAAGUAUUUGAUAAAAUUAGAGUUAUCAAUGACGACAGAAUUAAUGAAGAAAUCGAAAAAUAUGAAGCUUUUGCUGAAGAAGAUUAUACCGAAUUUUUCAAUUUAGGAAAUCAAUUUAAACAAAAUGAUAAUGAAUCGUUUGAUGUUGUUAGUUUGGAUGACUUAUAUGGUGACUUGAAGCGCUCUUUUAAUGACAAUCAAACUGAAGAAGACAAGGACGAUAAUGAUGACGUACACUUAAAGUCAAUCUUUCAAAAAUUCCUCAUGUUGAAGGAUAGUGGUAGAUCAGAUAAAGAAAUAAACAAGCUUUUAUUAUUGAUCGAUUCUGUGAUGCAGCAUAUUGUUGCAGAGUCAACCAUGAUUGGUUCUGAUGCGGUUUCCGUUUUGAACAGCUCUAUCCAACGUUUGAUGGAUAGAAUGACCACGGACGAUACUGCGAGAAGGGCAGUUUUAGAAACAAGAGAAUUGACCAGGACAGUGAAGGUUUUAGAAGAAGAGAAAAAACAAUUGGAAUUAGAGGCUAGUUUUGGUCUUAACCAAACAGUGGCUAAUUUAAAGAAGGAAAAUGGUUUGAGUGCAAUAAAGAUUGCAGCCCUAGAAAAACAAAUUGACUCCUUACAAAUGAAGAUUAAAUACCUAACCGAAGAAAGACAGAAAUGGAUUAAAUUUGCAUCGUCUAAUAAAAAUAACGCAUCUAGUAUUCAGGAUUCACCUUCUUCACCGCCUUAUCGAGCAAAUUCAGUUAGACAUAAUAGUAUUGUCAGUGAGCUAGAAACUGUUUAUUCCACAAAAAGCGGGAGAUCAAAUAACGACAAGAUUACGAUUGAUUUAUCGAAGGAUGAUUUUGUUAAUUCGGAUGACAUUUCCAUUAUAUCAGAAAACUAUCCUUCUCGUUCGAAAUCGGUGAGAAGUAAGUAUAGUUACACUGCACCCAAGUCAAGUGAUAGCGAAACUUUCGAUAAUAAAGUGAAAGAAGAUGUUGAUGAAAGUACUACCAAGAAUACGGAAAGUGAAAAACUUGAUGAAGCUUCAUCAACACCUGCGCAACCUGCAGUACCACCACCACCACCACCACCAGUACCCUUCUUCUUAACUGCAAAAGCUUCCGAACGGCUGGCAAAUGUAGCUUCAGGAGCACAAACUCCAGGAGCGCCACCUCCACCUCCGCCACCUCCACCAAUUCCCAACUUUAUGAAAGCCGCCAGAGUACCUGCAGACUCAGAUCAGGGAUCUGCUGGACCACCAGCACCCCCACCCCCUCCUCCAUUACCUCCAAACAUGGCACCAUUUUCGCCUGCAUUACCACUCUCCCAAAGCAAUUCACAACCAGGCACUCCAGUCGGCCAACAGAGUAAUGAUAAUUCUUUCGUGGACAGAUCAACGUCAUUCAAUGAUUUAACAGACAACGGCAGUUUUGGUGAAUUAUUACAAAACAAUUCUCAAAUAUCACUCAUACCUCAUGUUAGACCAAAAACUAAGCUUAAACAGAUGCACUGGGAUAAAUUAGAUGCAAUUGACAAAACUUUUUGGUCAGAUAUUCAACACGAAGAAUUGGCAGACAAAUUAGUUGAAAAGGGUGUCUUGAAGGAAGUCGAAAGGGCUUUCGUUGCCAAAUCAUCUGUGAUAAAACUCAAGAAAGAUGUUAAAUCUGAGUCUGGCAAUUCAAGUAAAAUUACGUUUUUACCAAGAGACUUGGCUCAACAAUUUGGAAUUAAUUUGCACAUGUUUGCCAAUUUAUCUGUAGAUGAAUUGAUUUUGAAAAUAGCACAUUGCCAUAGAGACAUUUUGGAUAAUAUUAGUGUUCUAGAAUUCUUCAAUAGUGAUAGUUUGAAUGAAUACAGUGAUACUUUGACUAGAAACUUCCUUCCAUAUACAACUGAUUUCAGUAAGCCUGAUUCUAAGCCUUCGAAGCCAGUGGAAGAACUAGACAGGCCAGAUAGACUAUAUCUUGAAAUAUUUAACAUGAGACAUUACUGGAAAUCCAGGUCAAGAAGUCUUUUGUUAGUACAAACUUAUCAGAAAGAGUACAUGGAUUUGAUGAAAAAGUUACAAGUUGUUGACGAAGCCAAUAAAAGUCUUAGUUCUAGUAAUAGCUUGAGAUAUGUUUUAGGCAUUAUUAGAUCUGUUGGUAAUUUUAUGAAUGAUUUUUCCAAGCAAGCAUUAGGUUUUAAAUUAGAAACUUUACAGAGAUUGAAAUUCAUGAAAGACGAGUCAAACACGAUGACCUUUUUACAUUAUGUUGAAAAAGUUAUCAGAAAUGCCUUUCCUGAAUUUGGUUCUUUUGUUGACGAAUUAAGUGCUUUAACUUCUAUUAAUAAUAUCGCUAUCGAGCAGUUAGAAAAUGAUUGUUUUGAUUUUGAAAAAGUCAUUAAUAAUGUAUCAAGUUCUAUAACGAAAGGGAACUUGAGUGAUAAUUCGUACUUUCAUCCAGAAGAUAGAAUAUUACUGAAGAUAACUGGACCAUUAGAAAACGCAAAAAUCAAGAACGCUCUUUUGCAAAGCCACUUAAAAAGAACAAUUGAAGAUCAUAAUGCUUUGAUGGAGUACUUUGGUGAAAACCCUAAGGAUUCUCAGAGUCGAAAUACUUUCUUUAGUAAGUUUUCUGUUUUUGUUUUGGAAUUUAAGAAGGCGCAUGUUGAAAAUAUUCAAAGAGAAGAAGACCAAAGAGCAUACGAGGCAAGAAAACGCUUGAUUGAAGAAAGAGCCAUCAGACAAACUCGAGGAGGCAGUCCUAGCAAAAAGUCCACUACAUCAUCUUCCAAGGAUUCUAACCGUAAUAAAGAAGCACUUGAUGAUGAUGACGACGACGACGACGACGAAGACGAAGACGACGAAGAUGCUGAAAUUGCAGGUGACAUUGGUUCAGCUAAGACCGAUAAAGAAAAUGCCGCUGAUUCUGGCUCGAGUAGUGCUGUGAUUGAUGAUUUAUUAGAUAAAUUGAAAUCAAGCGGUCCAGCCAUAUCUACAUCAAGUGCUAGAGAGAGAGGACGUAAACAUAGAAGAAGUAAGGCCUUAUCUUUUUACUCUACAAUGUCCUUAGAUGACUUAUUAGAACAGGUUUCUGGUAGUAAUUUCCAUGGACGUAAAGGCAGUAAUGUGAACAACAUUAAUUCUGCUACCGCAUUAGCAUUAACAAAACAACAAACUUCAUAUAACGAGUAUGAAAGCGUCAGUCUGUUGAAGAGAAGAAUGACAACCAGAAGAAAACAACAAUCACAAUCACCAGUGGACUCUGAAUCUGGUAUCAAACCAGAUCAAGUUAUGCUCAGAGCCCAGGUAAUGUUGAAUCAAUUGAGAAGCGAGAAUAAAAGUAACGAACUGAUCGAUUCCGAAGACGUAGGACCUAAUGGUUCCAGUCUUAGUCUCAAUGAGGAUAAGCUUCUUAGACUAGGAUUAUCUUCGAAAAAUAACUCUGCCAAUACCUCCAAAUCAGAAAUUGAAGCUGAAGACGAAUCAAAGGAAGCGAAACCCGAUUCCGAGUCUCCUUCAGCCGAAAUAACCACCACUCCUACAGACUAAAUGCCUUACCAUCUCAUUUAUUCAUGAAAUAGUUAUAAUAAAAUUUUGCAUCAAUUUAUAAAAAUAUUCAUCUGUAUGUACGGGUCUCUCUGGACCAGAAAAUAUUACAGAGUCAGAUCCAGUCUUCUUACACCCUUCGGCUCAGAGUCAGCUUCAAUGCAUACAAAGUUUGUAAGGCACGAGUCAAACCCACCCGAGUCACCCUUCUUCAAUCUUCUGAUUAGGCUAACGGCCCUUGUUUGGGGUCCUAGUCCUUGCAGUAAUUUGACUUUCUUUGUUGCAGCCACUCAUUUUGUCUUUCUCUUUCUCUUUCAAAGCAUCAUAGUUAUUGGUGUAUUCUUGCUAAUUGAAUAUCCAAUUAGAUAUAGCCAUUUUAAUGACUCAUCGGC